CUCCCGGGGGUAAGUUUACCGCACACGGGCGGCAGGAGAUGUGAGAGUUGUGAGCGCCAUUCCUGCUGGGAGUUGUAGGAGUGCGCCAUGUCCCUGACUGACAUUCCUUCGCCUCCAGUCGCACCCAGGACCGCAGGAAGGAGAAUGAUGGGAAGCCGCAGCCUGGUGCCCUUUGGGGAGGAAAUGUCAGAGCUACCCAACAAGCACGAGAAUUCUGGUGCGCUGGAACAGUCCAAGGCUUUUGUAACAUCUCUGCAGAAUGACUACGUUCCUGAUGAAAUUGUCCAAGCUCUGACAUCUACCGCUCACCCGAUAGACAGACCUGAUCAUGCCAAGAAGAUGAAGUCCGCUACAAAGGUUUGCCUCCGCUCAGCUGAUCAGGUUUGGCAUCACCCAUCCCGCAGGAGCAGGUUCAAGCAUUUGACAGAUCAGCCUAUUUGCCUGACAGGAGCAGGGAGGGAUAUCUCAUUCCUUUGUGAUGCUUUGCUUUUGCAAAAGAACACCAAAGACAAUACUUCUGAGCAGCCAGCCGCCGCAAGUAAUAUGCUAACCGGAUCUACGGGAGCGAGCAUUGAAGACAGUCUGCUCCCAAAGGAGUUCUAUGUUGUGAAGAACAAAGGUGUUCUGGGCCUGGAGUAUUACGAAGACAAGUAUACAACACUGCUAGAAGAUGAUGAGAAGAAAUUGCGGGUGUUCCCAUCAAUGAAACCCAGUGGACGGUCCGAGGUUCUACAGCUGAUGAAGGUAAUGGAUACCAUGCUAAAGGAGGCAGGAGUGGAUGAGGAAGACAUACGAAUGGAGGGCCCAACUCAGAUACAUAACCUAUUGGAAUUGCUGAAGACCGAACAGAAGAUUUACAACAUUGUGUUUCAUGAAAUAAUCCGUCAGGUCAGCGUGGAGUGUGCGGAGAGAGGGGAGCUGCUCGCUAAGCUCAGACAACGAUAUGUGAUGUUGCUGAACAAAAUCCCACGCCAGGUGCUGAGUCUGUACAAUGACCUGCUGGCUCAGCGCACGCUAGACCGCUGUCUAACAGAAGAAAUAAUUAAUUUCAAGAAUGCUAUGGGGGAACUGACCAAUGAGUUAUGUCAAGUGAGAGAACAUGAUCUGCGUGUGAGCAAGGAUGCAAAACAAGCCCAAGAAGAAUUGGCUAAAGCUCUGAAGGAUGCCAAGAAGAAAGCCAACCUUUUAGAAGAGUACCGUGAGUUGUAUGAGUUACAGCGGAGUCGUCUGGAAAAGUCCCUGGGUAAUCUGACCGAGGAACGCGAUCUCUGGAGUUCUGCCACGUACAGGCUGGCCAGGAAGGUAAUAGAAGAAAAUCAACUCAAACUGUCUUGCAGGCUGUACAUGAAUGAGAAGACCUGGACAAAAACUAUCAGGCACUUCAUCGUACUUUUGGCAUCAAACGACACAGUUGAGUUGUCCAAAAUCCAAGAGAUGACAGAAAGCUGGAGAAGACACAUGGCACAUUUCGACCAGGAGGUGCAACGGAAAGAAGAGUCAAGCAGGGAAAAGCUACGGCUGAUUUGCAGUGACCUGGAGAAGUGGCAUCGAUAUUUCCAAGAGAAAGUCUUCAUAGAGUGGCACUAUCAUGGGGUCCCGGAAGAAGCAUCUAAGACAAUACUGCAGGACCUGAAGAGCUGGAAAAAUAUGGCAAAUGAAGAACUACAGCAGUUUGAGGGCAAUGUGCUUUUAAACAAUCAAGAGUCUUUACAAAUAGCAGCUGGCAUUCAGAAGCAGUGGUUCCAGCUGGGAGAGAAACUGCUCAAUCGCCAUCGAACCAUGGAUGGAGAUCAGGCCCCUGAGCAGAAAGCAAUGGAGGACGUGAAUAACAGAGUACGGCAAUUGUCUGAACAGUACAGGAGAAGAGUGGAGGGUGAAAAUGGAGUUGCUGGAGCCCUUGUGACAUUUUGUGGCAGCUUGGAGAGCUGGUCCCAACAGCUUUAUUCUCUUAAAGCAGCGCCUCAUGGAAUAAGAGAAUCUGAUUGGCUGAAUGUAUACCAGCAAAUCCCGGAGUGGAUAACGCUUGCAGAUCGAGCCUUGUGUCUCAUUGGCAGCCCUUCAUCAGGAGAAGAACCUACUUUAAAUCCAGAUGAAAAGUACGACAGAGUCUUACUGGAAGAUGUCUUCAGAAUGGUGCAGCAAUGGGUUCUGGCUACAUCUAGUGGAACAGAGAGGGACAUUACCCAUCUCACACACGAGGUCUCAAGUCUUCACACGGCUAUGGUGCAGCAUAUGGUCAAUACAUUGAUACUUUUGACACCUGAUUAUCCAUCUGAGUCUGGCACUCUCUUUGAGUUUGUGGAUGAAGAAGUUACUGAUGUCACUGCUCAGCAAUUACAAGAAGAAGCACUUACACUGUAUGAAAAAGUGAACCGAUUCUCCUACUACAUUAUUAGCUGUUGUCAGGAGAUGGUGGAGAAGAUUUCUAUGGAAAAAGCGGCUCUGACCAAGGAUGAUCCUGAUUAUGAUUUAGGGGAGAUAGAGACUAUCAAGAACUCGUGUAAGGAGUGGAUUGAAACCUGCCAACUGCUUACAUCUCAUAUCACAGCGCCUUCUGUUUCCUCAGUGACAUCACUCAGCCUAAAUGACAUCAAUAGUUCUGAGGGCGUGAAGUUACAAGUACGUACAGCGAGGCUUCAACGCGAUGCAGCAAAGCUUGGCAAUGACGGUCCAAGUGAAUCCCCUAGAGAAAAGAAAAAGGAAACUAUACCCACCCAGCAGGAUCAGAUAACACAAACCACAAGGCCAGCAACAAAAGAAAUAAUGGCUUCUGAGCAAGAUGUAAUGAGGGUCAUAGGCCAUGAUGGGAACAUUCACAAGAAACCACUAAUGGGAGAGGAAAGUCCUGUGUCCCCUGAGAACGCUCUGAAAGCUAGCAGGCCGGGAACCCCCAGGUCCAUAGAAGCUUUUGAUUCUUUGAUCUCACUGGAACAAAUGCAAAAGCGUCUCCUACUCGCAGAGCAGAGAGCUCAGGAGGCAGAGGAAAGGUCAGAGUGUUUAGACGAGCAGUUGAAAAUAGCUUUGCAAAAGAUCCAGGAACUGGAGAAAAUACAAGCGAGAGCUGGACCCAGGGAAGAAAGCAGCAAGGAGCAAGAGGAGCUUUCCACUCCCUCACAAGUUUCGGAGCCAAAGAUCACUCCUGUGACUCAAAUUAAGAAGAGGACAAAAUCAGGAAAAGUUAAACAGCAGAAAUAAAAGUGAACGAAACGAGAUUUUGUAUACAUAACAUUGGUGUAGUUAUGAUUUUUAAUUAAAAUCCAUUUGUUCACCAGAUUUAACGAUCAACCCACAUAAACUUGACAAAUGUAGAAACUAUAGAAAGCUAACGGCUUUCAGAAUUUUUCUUCUUUUAUUCAUUACUUGUCAAAACUCAUAAGAAGCCUAGAACCCUUGUCAGCUGACAUCAGUACACUCCGACAUUCAAACUCAGAGUAAAUAAUAAGGUAUCAUCUGUUAGUGAAUCUUCUCACAAUGGAGUCAUUCUGUGCGCAGACUGCAAAUGUAACGUGUACCUGAGCUAAAGUUAAUGUCCACACAAAACUAUAGUUCUUUGAUCAUGGAUAAUUUUUAUAUCUCAAUUUAACAAACAAUCAAGUGACCCCCAUUACACAAAAGAUCAAAUCCGCUCUCCAGUAUAUACAUUGUGAUUAAACAAAAUAUAUAUUGUGAUUUUGCUUUUCCUGGGUUUUCAAGGAAAAAUUCAACACUGUGAAUGGGAAAUUAUGCUUAAAUGGUUUACAAGAAAUAUUUUAUAAUAAAGAUUUUAUUUAUUUAACGUGAUUUUGAUUCAAGCACUAUUUUGCAUAGGGUUACUAGGAUAAAAAAAAUUUUUUUUCCAAAUUUAAAUAGGGAUAUACCCAUACCACAAUAUAAGCAUAAACAACAAAGAAAAAAACAGGAAUUCAAUUUCUGUUUGAAACAAAAUAAAAA